AUGACUGUUUCCAACGAAAUCAAACCGCUACCGCAAGAGGCCAACCGGGUCCAGGACGCCAAGGAGAUUCUCGACCGCCUCGUGCCCAGAGUCAUCGAGUACAUUGACUCGGCUACCAAAGAAGGAUCCAAGGUGGGGCCGUCAGAAACCCCCCAGGAGAUUCGAAAGCAGGUCGAUCUGACGCUCCCCGAGAAGGGAGAGGGCAUCGACGGUCUGUUCGAGUCGGUGGAACACGUGCUGUCCAAAUCGGUCAACACCUGGCACCCGGGCUUUCUCGAUAAGCUGUACGCCUCCACCAACCCCGUCGGAGUGGCUUCGGACAUCAUUCUGUCUGUUCUCAACACAAACUCGCACGUGUACACCGUGUCACCCAUCCUGACUCUGAUCGAAAAGUCCGUGGCCAAGCAGUAUGCCGGCCUGUUUGGUUUCAACGGCCCCCGGGCUGGUGGCCUCACCUUCCCGGGCGGAUCGUACUCCAACAUCACCUCCAUGGCCAUGGCCCGAGCCAUCAAGUAUCCCGACACCAAGACCGAGGGCAACAGCGACUAUAAGUUUGCCGUCUUCGCCUCUUCCCACUGCCACUACUCCGUCAAGAAGGCCGCCAUCCUGCUUGGUAUUGGCCAGUCGCAGGUUCUGUCUAUCGAUGUUGACAAGGAGGGCCGAAUGAUUGCCUCCGAUCUCGCUGCAAAGAUCGAGACCGCCAAGACCAAGGGCUACACUCCUCUGUACAUCAACGCGACCGCCGGAACCACCGUUUUUGGUUCCUACGAUCCCUUCCACCAGAUUGCCGAGAUUGCCCAGAAGAACAACCUGUGGUUCCAUAUCGACGGAUCGUGGGGAGGAAACGUUUGUUUCUCUGACAAGUACAGAUACAAGCUUGAUGGUUCCGAGAAGGCAGAUUCCAUCACCGUCAACCCUCACAAAAUGCUAGGUGUCCCCACCACAUGCUCUUUCCUGCUUGUUCCCGACGAGAACGCUUUCAAGACCGCAAACGCCCUGCAGGCUCCUUACCUGUUCCACGGCUCUAACGAAGAGGAGAACUUUGAUCUUGCCGACGGCACCCUGGGUUGUGGGCGACGACCCGACGCCCUCAAGCUGUACCUCGGCUGGCAGUGGUUUGGAACCGAGGGCUACGGCAAGCGAGUGGACCACGCGUUCGAGCUGACCAAGUACCUUGCCGAGCAGGUCCAGAACCGGCCUGGAUUUGAGCUUGUGUCCCAGUUUCCUCCUCCUUGUCUCCAGACGUGCUUCUACUACGCUCCUAGCGGCUCUCUGGCUUCUGAGGCAAGUGCAAACUCGGACGCUACCCGGUUCAUGGCCAAGAAGCUGUAUGACUCGGGCAAGUUCCUGGUCGACUAUGCUCCCGAGCAGGGUGAGGGCGGCCGAGGCGAGUUCUUCCGAGUCGUCAUUAACGCUCCUACCGUGAGCUCCAAGACCGUUGACGACCUGCUCAACGAGGUUGAGAGACUGGGUAAGGAGUACACCAAGAAGUAG